AUGGCGAAACCACUCCCCCGAGGCCUCGCCACGUCGCUGGAGAACAGCAAGGCGGAGUUUGUGCAGCUGGGCAAGAGCGGAUUACGAGUUUCGGUGCCAAUCUUCGGCACCAUGAGCAUUGGGAGUUCGAAGUGGGAGCCCUGGGUUAUCGACGAGGAUAAGGCCCUUCCCAUCCUCAAAGCUGCCUAUGACCGUGGAAUCAAUACCUGGGAUACGGCAAAUGUGUACAGUAAUGGGGUAUCUGAGGAACUGGUUGGCAAGGCGAUCAAGAAAUAUGAGAUUCCGAGACAUAAGAUUAUUGUCCUGACUAAGUGUUUUGGUGCCGUGGGUGAGGAGAUGGAUUUAAGAGGCAUCUUCCUUCCCAAGGAGAUGAGGGCUAGCAAGGAUUAUGUGAACACCUUUGGCCUCUCCCGUCAAGCCAUCUUCAACCAGGUCGACGCCUCCCUGAAGCGCCUGGACGUUGACUUCAUCGACCUACUUCAAAUCCACCGAUAUGACAACGAAACGCCAAUCGAGGAGACGAUGGAGGCUCUGCAUGAUCUGGUCAAGAGCGGGAAGGUUAGGUAUAUCGGUGCCUCGAGUAUGUGGGCGACGCAGUUCGCACAGAUGCAGUUCGUUGCUGAGAAGAAUGGCUGGACCAAGUUUAUUAGCAUGCAGAACCACUAUAACUUGCUGUAUCGGGAGGAAGAGAGGGAGAUGAUCCGGUUCUGUAACGCGACCGGUGUGGGAUUAAUUCCGUGGGCACCACUCUGCCGCGGCCAUCUCGCCCGGCCCGUUGAGGCGCUAGGAAGCACAACCAGGAGCAAGCCAGAAGCGGAGGGAGGACUCAGCAAAGAAGAUACCGAAACCAUCAAGCGCGUGCAGGAGCUGGCUGAGAAGAAGGGCUGGAAGAUGAGCCAGGUGGCAUUGGCCUGGAUCAAGACGCGGGUUAGCAGCCCGAUCAUUGGGUUCAGCAGCGUGGAUCGAAUUGAUGAGGCUGUUGAUCUGAAGGGCAAGACGCUGACGGCGGAGGAACAGACGUAUCUAGAGGAGUUGUAUGUGCCCAAGGCUAUUUCAGGGCAUCGCUAG